AUGGAAGCUAGAUGUCGAACUCCAUCAACAACAUCCUUCACACAGUGUCAGGUCCGUUACUCUGGAUGGACGGCGAAGCCCCCAUGCAUUUUAAAUAUCCUCGGAAUAUCUUCGAAAGAUGUGGAAUGUGCCUCUUCCUACGUACACUCAUUCAAGCUUCAACCCAGGAUCGCGUCAUCGAUAUUAUCGCAGCUAGGCUCGUGUGACAAUUUUGAUUAUUUAUUGCAAGGGGAAUCUACGCCUUUCGGACUCAACAGAUAUACGAACAAGUUGUUGCAGUCGGUAUCGAGCCAUAGGAUUGCCUUGGCCAAGGCUCAUUGAAGGACAGUGAUAUCAAGGCAAUCCUAUGGCAAAGGCUCAUUGAAGGACGCGAUAUCAAGACCUUAAAUAUGCGGUCACCCAGCCUCAGUCGCCAGGGUGAUACAAAUUCAACGUCAAAAUGUCAUCGUAGUCUGAUCUUAUUCCGGAAUAUUACCGUUGUAUUCACCUGACUCCCAGCGCAGAUACAGUGUUGAUGCCUGGUCAUUCCAAGUUCCGCUGGGCGGUUGCGAAUUCCCUUGGACAAGUCAAGAAAUUGUCGGAAACGCCACGAGACUUGUUGAUACAUCAUCCAUUAUUUUGUUCUCUUUUCGACUUGCUUUAUGUUACUUAUUUUCGACUUUCACCAUUCUUUCCCUUCCUGAUUAUACUGAGAUUGAGCUUUUGGCGGAGUUAUCUCAUCUCGCCUUUGAACGAGGAAAUGUGAGGGUGGAAAGCUUCAACCCCAACCUCGAUUGUUCCAAGGAACUUUUAGAAGGGAUGCUGCUUACAAAAUGUGUCAUCGUGGGUCUUCUUCUCUACGAUUGUCGCCCUGCUCUCAGCUUCGCAUGGGUAGGAGCUGAGGGUAGGAGAGGCGCGGACAU